CAGAUCCUCUUGGUAGGUCUACUGCUUAGUGUUGAUUUUUAGUCAUCGUUCAACAUCCUUCUGUGUACUUUUGGGAAUCAACUAAUUUUAACGGGGAGCCGCACUCCUACACCCGUUUCAACUUGACCCAGAACAUGGAAGGUGAUAACAGCCAGGUGGAGAUGAAGCUGUCGUCGGAUAUGGAUGAGGAGGUCGGGGGAAAUGGUGUGGGAGAACACCUCAAUCACAACUCCAACCGCAAACCCUUCGAUGCUAAUAAACUCAGACGCACCCCCAAGAACCUCUGCUUUAUGGCAGCUGGCACCCUCCUCAUUUUCAUCAUCGGGUACUUGACUGGCUUCUUGGUUCAUCGGAAGAAGGAUGUGCCCCCCAUCUGUGCAGCCUCUGUCCUCUCUUUUGACAAAGAUGUUGUCCCUGAGACAGGUGCGGCCCCCCUCAUGGACUGGGACAAUGUGAAAAAGCUCCUUGCACAGAAAGUUUCCCCAGCCAAAUUUGAGCCUGUUUUCAGUGAGUUUUCCAGUACCUCCCACCGGGCUGGCUCUCAAGGUGACGAGGUUUUGGGAAACAAGGUGCUGACCAAGUUUCAUGAGUACGGCAUGAAAACCUGGACUGAUGAGCACUUUGUGAAGGUUCAGGACCGUCCGGCUUCUGGCUUCAAUAGUUUUGUUUUCAAGAACGGGAUAGCUCAGAAACUGGAAGGAUUUCUAUCCUACAGUGCCACUGGAACAGCAACAGGUGUCGUAUUGUAUGCGUAUUACGGGCAGGAAAAUGACUUCAAAAUACUGCAGGACAAAAGCAUCAACAUGAACGGCAGGGUCAUGCUGAUCAGGGCCGGUAGGAUCAGCUUGGCUGAAAAGGUGGCCAAUGCUGCCAAGAUGAAUGCCUCUGCUGUGUUGAUCUACCCAGACCCCUCAAGUUACUUAAAGGAAGGGAACACCCCUCUGUUUGGACAUGUCCACAUGGGUUCAGGUGAUCCCUACACCCCAGGCUUCCCCUCCUUCAACCACACCCAGUUUCCACCUGUCCAGUCUUCAGGCCUUCCAAAAAUCUUGGCUCAAACCAUCCCAACCAGCAUGGCUGAUGGCAUUUUGAAAGAGCUGGGGGGUGAUAACGUGCCCAAUGGAUGGGGGUUGUUCGGCAAACUGGGAGGGGAAGGAGAUAUAAUUAAGGUGGAUGUCGGCAACGUUCUUACAGAGAAGAAGAUAAGCAAUGUCUUUGGGAUCAUAAAAGGCUUUGUGGAUCCAGACCGAUAUGUGGUUAUUGGUGCCCAGAGAGACGCAUGGGGUCCAGGUUUUGCUGCGUCCACCGUUGGCACCAGUGUCCUUGUUGAGCUGGCACGUUCCAUUUCAGACAUGGUGAAGAACGAUGGAUUCAAACCAAGGAGAAGUAUUGUGUUCGUGAGCUGGACGGCUGGGGAAU